GUUGUAAAGUGAGUUUAAAAAAUUAGUUUUCCUCUGAUUUCCUCGCGUUAAUUUUUAGAAAGACACAAAAUCGGCAAAAAUUCGAGAAACGGGGAAAAUUCGGGCAAAAAGUUGAUGUGUUGUUAUUAUUGUUAUGCCAAAUGAAGCAGUUUCCGAGGAAUAAAUGAGAGUGCGCAAAGAGACCCAAUUUUAACAUCGAUCGAAUAACAAUGGUUUGUGCAAAAUAACUUCACACAAAUAUCUUCACAUCUUUUAAAAAUUUGCUGUGUGACAAAAAUCAAGCCUUUAUAUAAUGAGGAGUGCACUGAAAUUGCACAAAACCAAAACCUCAAAGUGCUAAAACGAAAAAAAUAAUCCAAAUCGACGAGAAACUCGCUUUAAAGUUCACAUCAUCACAUCACAUCAUCAUCAUUAAGUCGUCAUCGCAAAGUUGAGGAGGAGAAAGGUGAAAAGUUGAACAACGAUGGAUUCCCAUCAAAUGCAGAAAUCAAACCAAAAUCGGUGCAUGGUUUGUGCUCGGGUGCGACCAUUCAGUCGAAAAGAGCUUGAAAUGGGCACCGAGAAUGUCAUUGAAAUGCAGGAAAAUCAGACGAUUUUACAUAAUCCCAAUUCCAUGGAUAAAAUUGAAAAAAAACAGCCAAAGACAUUUGCAUUUGACUAUUGCUUUUACUCCACGGAUCCAAAUGCCCCGAAUUUCGCCUCACAAGAAAAUGUUUUCGACAGCGUGGGACGAGAUAUUCUCGAAAAUGCAUUUCAAGGGUACAACGCGUGCAUUUUCGCCUAUGGUCAAACAGGCUCCGGAAAAUCUUACACGAUGAUGGGCACACAAGAUAAUCAAAAUAAGGGAAUAAUUCCGCGAUUAUGUGACCAAUUGUUCGAAUCGAUUUCGAAAAAUACCAAUGACGAGUUAACGUACAAAGUUGAAGUGUCGUACAUGGAAAUUUACAAUGAAAAAGUGCACGAUUUGUUGGAUCCGAAAACAACGAAACAAUCAUUAAAAGUGAGGGAGCACAAUGUUUUGGGACCAUACGUUGAUGGAUUGUCACAAUUGGCGGUGACAUCAUUUGAGGAUAUUGAUAAUUUGAUGACGGAGGGAAAUAAAUCGCGAACAGUAGCUGCUACAAAUAUGAAUGCUGAGUCAUCACGUUCGCAUGCAGUUUUUUCGAUUGUACUAACUCAAAGCUUAUUCGACAAAAUGGCAGGAAUGACGGGAGAAAAAGUCUCGAGAAUGUCUCUUGUUGAUCUUGCGGGAUCAGAAAGAGCUGUUAAAACAGGCGCUGUUGGCGAACGUCUCAAAGAAGGUUCAAACAUCAACAAAUCUCUCACGACGCUCGGAUUGGUAAUUUCCAAACUCGCCGAAGCGGGAAAAGGCAAAGAUAAAUUCGUUCCGUAUCGAGAUUCGGUUUUAACGUGGCUGUUAAAGGAUAAUUUGGGAGGAAACUCAAAAACUGUAAUGUUAGCGACAAUUUCCCCGGCAGCUGAUAAUUACGAAGAAACUUUGUCGACUUUGAGAUAUGCGGAUCGUGCGAAACGUAUUAUCAAUCAUGCUGUUGUCAACGAAGAUCCAAACGCCAAAUUGAUUCGCGAAUUGAAAGAAGAGAUUCAAGCAUUAAGGGAAAUGUUGAAACACGCAACAAGCAGUCCCGUUGGCGAACGUGUCGAUAUUCACGAUAAAUUGGCGGAAAGUGAAAAGAUUAUGGAACAAGUUUCACAGACAUGGGAAGAAAAGUUGCAAAAAACCGAAAGAAUUCAGAAUGAGAGACAACAAGCACUUGAAAAAAUGGGCAUUAGUGUACAAGCGAGUGGUAUUCAAGUUGAAAAGAACAAAUAUUAUUUGGUAAAUUUGAAUGCGGAUCCGUCGUUGAACGAAUUGCUCGUGUAUUACUUGAAAGAUCGAACUCUCGUUGGCGGAAGAAAUACCCAACCUCAACCUGACAUUCAACUUUUUGGUUUGGGCAUUCAAGCAGAUCAUUGUGUGAUUACCAUCGAAGAUGCGGAACUCUUUAUGGAGCCCAUUAACAAUGCAAGAUGCUUCGUAAAUGGAUCGCAAUGCACGAAAAAGACCCCAUUACGACAUGGCGAUCGAAUUUUGUGGGGAAAUCAUCACUUUUUCCGCGUAAAUUGCCCCCGAUCGGCAAAUAGUACGAAUUUGACGUCAGAACCGCCAACGCCUGCACAACCAAUUGAUUACAACUUUGCUCGUGAUGAGAUCAUGCAGAACGAAUACAGUAACGAUCCGAUUCAAUCUGCAAUUGCCCAUCUCGAGAGACAACACGAAGAGGAUAAACAAGUAGCUUUGGAGCAACAACGCAAAGAAUAUGAAAAGCAAUUUCAACAACUUCGAAAUAUCUUGUCGCCAACAACGCCGUAUGCUCCUUAUGUUCCAUACGAUCCCUUACGAAUCAGCAAAAUGAAUCCUUGUACGCCAAGUUCGCAGUUGAGAAUUGAAAAUUGGGCACAAGAAAGAGAUGAAAUGUUCAAAAAGUCAUUGUCGCAGCUGAAAGAGGAUAUUAUGCGGGCAAAUUCACUCGUGCAAGAAGCGAAUGUUUUGGCAGAAGAAAUGGGAAAACAAACAAAGUUCAGUGUUACUUUACAAAUUCCUCCUGCGAAUUUGAGUCCAAAUCGUAGACGCGGAGCAUUCGCAAGUGAACCCGCAAUUUUGGUAAAACGAAUAACUGGAAGCCAAAUUUGGAGUAUGGAAAAGUUGGAGAACAAAUUGAUCGACAUGCGUGAAGUUUAUCAAGAGUUUAAAGACCCAAUGGCAGCGCCUAUCGUGGAUGCCGAUAUCGACGAUGAUUAUUACGACGAUGACGAUGAAGAGAACGAAAACAAGUUGAAACUCGAUCCGUUUUACGAGUCGCAAGAAAAUCACAAUUUGAUCGGUGUUGCGAACAUUUUCCUUGAAGUCUUGUUUCACGACGUCAAGUUGGAAUAUCACACACCGAUCAUCAGUCAACAAGGCGAAGUUGCGGGACGACUUCAGAUCGAAAUUUCUCGUAUCGCAGGACAAUUUCCGCAAGAUCGAAUGUGCGAAUCUGCCUCUGAUAGUUCACAAGAUUCGCGAGACGAUGAAUAUGAGAAGGAUGUCACUUAUAAUACCAUAACAGCUCGUAUCAGCAUCAAACAAGCAAGUGGCUUGCCAUUGUCUUUGUCGAAUUUCGUCUUUUGUCAGUACACGUUUUGGGGACAUGAGUCAACUGUUGUUCCUGUUGUGAAUCAAGAUCGAUUAACACAUGAUCAGAAUCCCGCUUUCAUGUUUAACCAUCAACAAGAUUACACUGUUGCGAUAAAUGAGGAGUUUUUAGAGCAUUGUGCUGAUGGCGCGUUAUCGAUUGAAGUUUGGGGACAUCGCAGUGUUGGAUUUUCGAAGAACAAAGGAUGGGAAGUCGAACAACAACAAGCGAAAGCACGAAGUUUAGCCGAUAGAUGGGCAGAAUUGUCACGAAAAAUCGAACUUUGGGUCGAAAUUCAAGAGUUGAACGAUAAUGGCGAAUAUGCUGCUGUUGAAGUGACAUCUCAACGUGAUGCGGAAAUGUUAACGGGAGGCGUUUAUCAAUUGCGACAAGGACAACAGAGACGAAUUGAAGUACGUGUAAAGCCUGUACAGAAUUCGGGAACGUUGCCAAUAAUUUGUCAGUCAAUUGUCUCAAUUGCCGUUGGAAGUGUCAAUACGCGAUCUCGUUUGCAAAAGCCUCUUGACUCGUAUCAAGAGGAAGAUUUGACGAUUUUGCGUGACAAAUGGAGCGAAGCUUUGGGACGUCGUCGCAAAUAUCUCGAUCAACAAAUCCAGAAACUCAUCAAUAAAGAAUCCAAAACGGAGCAAGAAAAGGAACGCGAACAAAGUCUCGUCAAUCAAUGGGUUUCGCUGACGGAAGAACGAAACGCUGUGUUAGUUCCUGCAGCAGGUUCAGGCAUUCCCGGCGCUCCUGCCAAUUGGAAUCCUCCGCCCGGCAUGGAGCCUCAUGUGCCCGUGUUGUUUUUGGAUCUCAAUGCGGACGAUUUGUCGACACAAAAUUCCAACGACGAGCUUUCAAUCACAGGUCUCAACUCAAUUUUACCCAAAGAACACGGAAAUAAAUUCUACACGUUGCAAAUUCUUCAACAUUUGGACAAAGACAUUUGCGCUGUUGCCAGUUGGGAUUCUUCAAUUCACGAUUCGCAAGCUCUAAAUCGCAUUACGGAGUCAAGCGAACGUGUUUAUUUGAUUUUAAAGACGACAGUUCGUUUAUCUCAUCCAGCUCCGAUGGAUUUGGUAUUGCGUAAGAGAUUAGCCAUCAAUAUCUACAAGAGACAAAGUUUCACGGAUAAAUUGAAGAAAAUUGGGCGCCUUGGAAGAUUUGAUACCGUGAUGCAAACAGGAGUGACUUACGAAGUUGUUUCCAAUAUCCCAAAGGCAUCGGAAGAACUCGAAGAUCGCGAAUCGCUUGCACAAAUGGCAGCCAGCGGAGAUGAUGGAGAUGGCGAAGAAACUUAUAUCGAAAAAUACACCAAAGGAGUUUCGGCUGUAGAAAGUAUCUUAACACUUGAUCGCCUUCGACAAAAUGUCGCAAUUAAAGAACUCGAACAACAAUUAAUUGGACUACAGAAACAAAAUAGCACGACAUCGAUGCGCAAAACGUGCAGUGUUCCUAAUUUCUCUCAGGCUGUAAAAGAAGCCGCUAUCAAAACGAGUGCAUCAAUUAUGCGUUUUGACACGUCAAUGGAAGGCUUGUGCAAUAUGGGACGUUCCGAGUCAUUUGCUGAGCAAUUGAACGAUCCCGAUAUGAAUAUUUCGCGAUUUAUGAGUUCAGUGCCUCCAUCGAAUUCUCAACGUACGAGACACAGUUUCGGCGGAAAAUCGGAUAACGCUGAUCCUCUUGCUGGAUUACCAACGAAACAAUUUGGCUUAGUGAACUGCAAAAGUUUUUACGGUCAAGGCUCUAUACUAUCAUCAGCACGACCAACAUUCUUGAAUCUCAAUUUGAAUCUAAACUCAAUGAGAUUGCAGCCAACAAAACCUUCGCCAGCUGGAAGCAAAUUAGCACAUCGAAUGACAACAUUGCACGAAGAACCUGUUCGUCCCCACACAUUGAACGAAGAAUCGGAGGAUUGUUACAGCGAUAACGAGUACAAUGAUGGCGCUUCGAAAACGAGUUAUGCCUACAAUCGACCCAUGAAGUACAGCAGAACAGUCGAUUCGUUUGUCGAUAUUGGGCGUGCUGCGUUGAAUCAUCAUCCGAUGAACGAAAGUCACGCAGAGCAAAAGGCCACGGAAAAGACAUCUGCGAAGACAACAGGCACUCCCAGCAUGACGUCAUCGACUUCGAGUGGAUAUGGUUCGAUGUGCAUUGAUGAUACGCCAGAUUUUGAUAAUCUUUCAUCCGCUUCACCGCCAAACAAAUCAACUUUCCGUCGUAAGCAAAGUGACGAUUUUGUCAUUCACAAAGUCUCGACAUCGCCUAUCAAGAAACCUCUGACACCCACAAACAAUCAUCCGCUCCAAAAUUUGCGAGAAAUCCAUCAAGAAACGGAAGCGAUCAACGAAGAUGAACAAGACGAGGACUUUUACGAGGAAAAACUGACAAAAAAUGACGAAAAUCGCAAUAAAAUCAACAACAUGAUGCUCAAUAGUAACACAAUUAACAUCAAUCUUAACAACAAUUCCGAUGAAAUUGACGACAAUCAAAAUGACAGUAAAAGUACAACAACAACAACAACCAACGUCGAAGAUGAAAUGCAAGAAAUUGGCACAGGAAUCGUAACAAAAGAGCUGAAAGGAGAUCAAGUAGUACGAAGACAAAAGAAAACUUCGCAGAAAUCAUCAAAUCAAAGAGCUUCAUUCCCAAUGAUCACGAAAACGAAGCCAACAACUGUUGAGAAUCCGGGAUUCGAGUGCAGCGAUACUGAAAAACUAAUGGAAGAACCGAUUCCUGAGAUGCAAAAGUCAUCAUCGAAAGCAACAGACUUGCCAGAAUGGUGUACAAUUGGAGAAUCUGUGUUAAUUCGACCUGUAAAUCAUAGCGGUGUGAUAAGCUUUAUCGGAGAAACGCAUUUUCAAGCAGGCUUAUGGGUCGGCGUUGAAUUAGACUUGCCAAUGGGAAAAAAUGAUGGAACCGUCCAGAAUAUACAAUAUUUUUCAUGUAAGCCAAAGCAUGGCAUAUUUGUACGUCCAGAUAAAUUGAUCUUGGAUAAAAAGGGGCGCGCAAUGCGUUCUUACCGCGCAGAAAAGGAGAAGAAAGAAACAGGAACACGUAAAUGAUUGUUUCACAAGUGCUCGUUACACAAUUAUACACGUGCGAGCACAGCAAUUUUGAAGAAAUCAGCAAGCACUUCAACAACCUUUAGACGAUUCGUCGGCACAAGUGGUAAACGUUAAAGAAAAAUCCUUUUCAAACAACCAAAAUAUGGCUUGUAGAAUAGAGAAAAACACACACAAACCAGAUUAUUGAAAGUAAAAAAAAAUGUAAUUAGAGAUUAAGAGACAUUAGACAUUAGAGAACAUAGAGAAACACCAAAAAGGCACUCCGUUCCCCUUUUUCAACAUAUUUUUUGCAAAAAUCAAAAUUUAUUGUAUUCCUUUUUGUAUUAACUUAUUUGAAUUAUUUCGGCAAUUUUUAAAAAAACUAUUUUUUUAACAAAAGACAACGACAUGGAUGUCAAAUAAUUCCAUUUUUUUUAAUUUUAUCGAAAAAAAAAAAAUUCUGAGAAUUUAUAUUUUUAAAGCUUUUUUAAAAGAAACAUGUGAAAUACAUUGAAAAGUUAUUCCAAAAUGUAAAGUACAUUAUAAAAAAUAUUUUUAGAAUAGAAGAAUAUUAAUGUUAAGUAGAAAAGAGAAAUAAAAUUAUGUAAAAUCUAGUCAUCAAUUCACAAAAAUAAAGAUUAAUUAAGAUAUGAUGGCACACACUGUUCAUACAACUUAUAAAUGUUUUGGAAAGUAAAAAAACUGAAAAAAUGACAAAGUUAUGUGAUACAAUCUUGAUUGAAUGUAAGGAAAAAAGAGAGAAAACUGUCAAUAAUGGGAUUCUUUUUUGUAAAGGAAAAAGGAUUUUCAACUAUUUUUCGUCUUUUUAAAAGUUACUAAAGCAAACAAAAAAUACAUUUCCUCAAUAAGCAAUUUUCUUUUGCUCAUAUUUUGAUAAAUAUAAACUAUAACUACUAAAAAAUUCCAUUUUACAAAUAUUUAAAAAAAAAAUGAUAUACAUGAUUAUUAAUUAUUAUAUUAAUUAUUACGAGAUACAACAAAAAAUGUCCUAAAGAAUGAAUUUUUCACUGCGCAAAAUAACUUUGACUACUUAUUUCAACUCUUGCGUCAAAUAAGAGUGCCAAGGAACAAGACAAAAACCUAUUUAAACAAAUAUGAGGCUAUUUUUUUACAAGUUUGUCCUCUGGAAGUGUCAAAGAAAACAAAAAUAAUAAAAAACAAAGUUAUGAACACAAAAGUAUUGAUCUAUCUCAUGAAAUGAAAUGGAAAACUAAAAAAAUUAUUCAAAAUUCGUCCCAUUUUUCUUAUCUAAUUAUUAUAUUAUGUAUUAAAUAAUUAAAAAAAAUGAAAAUACAUAUUAAUAUAACAUUAACAUUAGAUAAACUAAAUAAAAAUCUGCUUUAGACCAACAAACAUAAGCCCAUCCAGAGCCCGUUAGCUAACUCUCUGUUAGAAACUAUGAUGAAAAAAUAUGAGUAAAUAAAUAAAAAUAACUAAAAAAUAUAAAAAAAA